AUGACUAGAAUUACAGCCAACGAGUUCACAGGCGCCACGUUCAGACCGGAACAAUUUGUGCAGUCUGAACGGCGUAAUUCCAAGUUGAAUAUCGACCAGCUCAAUCUAUUUGUGGAGUCAAGUCCGGAAAAUGCGCAACUGACGCACGAUCUGAUUACACAGGUUACCAUGGACCCCGUUCUCAAAACGGGAAGUGACUACUACGACAUGGACAAAGCCCAGCAUCGCAAGGCUACCGCGUUAAAGAUCGCCAAAAUGGCGCUGUAUAUGGAACAGGACAUUCAAAUGGCGUUCAAAAAAUAUCGGAACCACGACGUGGUCAAGGGCCUGCAAACCGACAACGAGUAUCCAAUUUUGACCGCAAAAGACUUGGGUAUCUUCGACAAACGGCUCUCGAUCAUCUCCAAUCAAGACCCCCAACUGGGGACCAGAAUCGGCGUGCAUUUGGGGCUUUUUGGAAACUGUAUUCGCGGAAACGGAACAGAUCAGCAGAUCAGGUACUGGCUCCAGGAGAAAGGCGCAUUGUUCUUGAAAGGCAUUUACGGCUGUUUCGCCAUGACAGAACUCGGACAUGGCUCGAAUGUAGCGCAGUUGCAAACACGUGCAGAGUACAAUCCAAAGACAGACUCUUUUGUCAUAAACACGCCCGACUUGCCUGCCACAAAAUGGUGGAUCGGAGGCGCUGCUCACUCCGCUACUCAUGCUACCGUUUAUGCCAGACUUAUCGUUAACGACAAGGACUACGGGGUAAAAACGUAUGUGGUUCCCCUCAGAGACCCGGACACGUUCCAGCUCUUGGCUGGGGUGUUCAUAGGCGACAUUGGCACUAAGAUGGGCCGCGACGGCAUUGACAACGGCUGGAUUCAAUUCCAGAACGUUGUGAUCCCACGCGAGUAUAUGUUGAGCAGGUUCACGAAAGUCGUCAAUAGUGGCAACGAUGUUCGGGUGCUGACAGAACCCACUUUGGAUCAGAUAUCAGGGUACAGCGCCUUGUUAAAUGGACGGGUUAAUAUGGUGAUGGAUUCUUUUAGGUUCGGCUCCAAAUUCGCCACAAUUGCUAUUCGCUACGCCGUUGGUAGACAGCAGUUUGCUCCGAACAACGACAAAAGCGACGAUGCGUCCGAAACGCAACUCAUUAAUUACCCACUGCAUCAAUACCGUGUCCUACCUCAUUUGGCCAUUGUGUAUUUGAUUUCGCCUGCAGCUUUCAAACUCAUGGAUACUUACCAUACCACUCUCGAGCAGCUCUACAAAGUGUCUUCGUCUGGCAACAAACGCGAGCUAAAGCCUGUGAGCAUGAAAUUGAAAGAUUUGUUCAUUGACAGUGCAAGCCUGAAAGCCACGGGUACGUGGCUAGUUGCCAGCCUAAUCGAUGAACUUCGGCAAGCUUGUGGAGGGCACGGCUACUCUGCUUACAAUGGUUUUGGGAAAGGUUACAAUGACUGGGUUGUGCAGUGCACAUGGGAGGGUGACAACAACAUUCUGUCUUUGACUUCAGCCAGAAGUAUUAUGAAGAAAUACGCAGAUUUAGCGAAGGGAAACACACAAACGUCCGAGUCCUUCAGAUACUUGUCGCCCGAGCUAGUCAUGGGUGUAUUGAAAGGCUCGCAUUCCGCAAAGCUCGAAACACUAGAGGACUACACUGACGUUUGGGGCAUCAUGUUGAUCAAAAUGCUACAUUUUUGCGUCAAAUUGGUGAAGGAGACCAAGAGCACUGAUUCCAUCUCGAAGCAUCUGGUUAUGAUAUCUCGUUUCCAUGCAUUCCACUCGAUGUUGAGAGCAUACUAUUUGAAGUUGAAAGACCCUUCGGAUUCGCAUGUCACGGAUGAAAACUCACAAAAAAUGCUGUGGAGCCUAUAUCAGUUGUUCUCGUUAUACUUCAUUGACAAACACUCGGGAGAGUUUCAGCAGUUUAAGGUUUUCACCCCAGAUCAGAUUUCAACUAUAGUUCAGCCAAAACUCAUGGGUUUGCUGCCAGAAAUCCGUAAAGAGUGUAUUCCUCUAACGGACGCGUUCAAGCUUCCCGAUGCCAUGCUAAACGCACCCAUUGGCUACUAUGACGGGGACAUUUACAACAACUACUACAAUGAAGUCAUCAAAAACAAUCCUCCAGAGGCCGAUGGGCCCGGAAAACCCGAAUAUCACGCUCACCUCACCACGAUGCUCAGACGUGGUUUCCAGGAAACUGAGGAUUUGGGGAAGCUGGGAAAAUAG